AUGUCUGCACAGAGAUCCCAGGAUGAAGAUGACCCUGAUGAAAUCAGUGCAGGACCAAGUCGCAAGAGACACAAAAGUGCCCAUGUGUACAGCAAUAACAUUAGCUCUAGUUUGCAGCUGUCACAACAAGAGCAGAGUGCAUCCAGUGGGAUCUUAGAGUAUGUGACGGUAAAAAAUUUCAUGUGUCUCGACAAUAUGAUGUGUGCCUUCUCACCACAAAUCAACUUGGUGCAGGGAAGAAAUGGAAGUGGUAAGAGUGCAAUUUUAACAGCAAUAAUAGUUGGGUUAGGUGGUAGCAGCCGAACAACAAAUCGAGGAAACAAUCUUAAAGAAUUAGUGAAGUAUGGAAAACAAUCUGCUACAAUUGAGAUUGCAUUAAAAAACAGUGGGAGAGAUGCCUACAAGCUUGACCUGUAUGGUGACAUGAUUAUUGUGGAGCGUAAGAUACAAGCUAAUGGUGGAGGAGGAAGAUACAAGUUAAAAGCAAAAGAUGGUAACGUGUCUUCAUUACAUAAGUUGUAUAAUUAUUCAGAGCCACAAGCAUUAUACAAAUUUUUCCUGAAGGCAACUCAGCUGCAGCAGAUGAAUGAUGAUUACAAUGAGCUAGAAAAGGCACUUAAGGUCUCACUUGAUAUUAUAGAAGACCGGAAAGAAGAUUAA